GAAGUAGCAACAAGUUAGCUUCGUUAGCUUCAUUUGUACAGCACAAGGACGUCCGCAAACAUUUCAUGUUACUUUAACAAUUUCUGUUGUUUUAAUUUACUUGUAAAGACUCGUUAAUUUUUUGUCGCUUCCGUGAAUCUGAAGAUGCCUCCCAAACCUCUAGAGCCUCUGGCCAAGAAACUCAUGAAGGGACUGAUUGCACUGGAGCUGCUCGGGGUCUUUGGGGCGUACGGUCUCUUUUACAAGAUGAACAACAGUCAAGAUUUCAGGAACACCAUGAACAAGAGGUUACCUUCAGUCCUAGAAGUUUACUACCAGUCCAACGAGUGGGCGGGAGUCUAUGGAAUUCGAGAGAAAGACCACGCAGCCUGGUCAGCCAAACAGGAGUGAAGGUGUCCAUCAGUUUUAAAAUCGACAAACACACAGCAGCUGCUACUUCUUCCUCUUCUUGUUUCCAAACGCCUUGCCUCCUGCCCUGGCUCGACCAAACAUCUUCUUUUUGUUGAACAUAGUCUUCUUCUUGCGCAGCGUCUUGACAUCACGAUCCUGGAUCCAGUCGUCACGCUGAGCCUCCCACUUCAGCUGCUUCAGGCCUACAGGAACAGGAAAUGACAAAAACUUUACUGUUUGGGAUUUAUGAAUGCUUUAUAUGAAUUUAAUAAAUGGUUUAUAACUACAUUAUAAUAUAGUUAUAAGUAGUACAUUUCAAGUGUUUGUACACCAGCCAUAUCUUUUGGAUGCCCACAGGCUGAGUUAUAGAUGUUUAAAAAUACAUGAAUAAAACACUAUUUACUUAGAACUACAUUAUAGUGUUGUAUAAACCAUUUAUUAGAUGUUUAUAUGCUGCUUAUAAAUGCCAAAGAGGGGAUGAUUUUGCCUUUACUUUAAACCAGUGUUUGAGAUGAUAUGUUCUUUACUGAAGUUGUUUUUUGGAAAACUGUUGGGACGCUCACUCUGUUUCCCAAAUCUUUAAAACAGAGCUAGUGAAACUGGCUAAUGGACAGAAAUAUGAGAUUAAGGCCCUGGUUUAAAACUGUGAAAAUUAGGCUUCUGGUUUAAACUGAAGUAGAGUUUGUUUAUAUAAAUGAAAAUGUUGUAGGUUGACUGCUGUUGUCCAACUGAUCUGUUUCUCUCUGUGGAGAAGUAAUUAAACCCAGCUGGUAUCCAGCAAAUUGAAUAAAAA